CUGAACCUUAGACUGAGGUGAAAAGCAGAGCGCCAUUAUUACCUGGAGCUGGGCCUGACAUGAGCCCGGAGGUUUAACUCACCUGAGAGACCCCCCCUCCCCGCCCACACACCUGCCGCGCGAGCUCACAGGUAUGUACCCCAACUCCCAGUCCGUCCGACACCAGGCCCAGACGCUGACCCUGAACAGUCAGUACCUUCCGCCUGCCUAUGACUUCACCGGGUUUCAGCAUCACGUCUCCGGGGUCGUUGACCCGUCCGCGAGCGCGUGGAACCCCGUGUACACCCCGCGCGAGGACUUUCCGUUCGGCUUCGCGGGCUCGAGCCCCAUCGGCGGGCAGGUCGGCUUCACCUCCCCGGAGCUGAGCAGCACCCCCUCCACCACCGGAGGGGGGUCACUGACCCCCUACAGCUUCAUCCCAGGACAGGACCCCUUCAGGAGACCACCUGAGCCCGUCAGACACGCCCCCCCAGCUUCCGGAGGAAAGACUCGGACGAAGGACAAGUACAGGGUGGUGUACACCGACCAGCAACGGCAGGAGCUGGAGAAGGAGUUUCAGUGCAAUCGCUACAUCACCAUGAGGAGGAAGUCCGAGCUGUCCAUGGCUCUCAGCCUCACUGAGAGACAGGUGAAGAUCUGGUUUCAGAACCGACGAGCCAAAGAGAGGAAGAUGAACAAGAAGAGGCUGCAGCAGUCCCAGCAGGCCUCCACCACGACCCCCGCCUCACCUGCGCUCGCUGACGCCCACCUUCCCAGCAGCCCCGGCACCAGCAGCCUCUUGAUGACGGAUGUAAAACCAGAGGAGUACUAA